ACAACAGGUGAUUCAGGAUUCAGGUGUAUAAUGGGAGGAUCUCUCUGAAAAAUACUAUUUGGAUGACACAUAAAGGAUGCAUGCCUGCGAAUCAGAUCAUGAUUCAGCCGCGGCUAAGACGGCCACCAACAAUUCUGUAAUACUGACGGACCAAGCGGCGGCGACCACUCUGGACCCUCGGUUUGAGUGUCCGAUUUGCUUGGGCUGCCUAAGAGAACCCUUGCUGACCAGCUGCGGCCACAGAUUCUGCAAAGAGUGUAUCAACGAAUGGCUACAGAAAAAGGACGGGCGUUGCCCAAUAGAUAACAGGGUGCUGGGCGAGAAGGAUCUCAUACCUGACAAGGGAGUGUUGGCCGAAAUCAUGGAACCCUUCCUCGGCUGCCCUUUUGCCUCUCGCGGCUGCAAAGACACCCUUUCACCCUGGGAACUUGAGUCACACGUCGUCUCAUGUUUGUUCCAGAACGCGGAGCCAAUUAGCGGUGCCGAUGGGUGCCAAUGGUGCGGCGCCGCUUUGCAGGAUGAAGAGCAGCUGCAGAAGCACCUCGACGAUGAAUGUGCUAAAGUGCCUUGCUCGUGUCGCUUCAGAGAAGUUGGUUGCAGGGCCACCGUCCCAAGGGCUGACCUGCCAGCUCACCUGGACUCACAAAUCCACGACCAUUUAAAUCUUGUGUCAGCGGCUUACAACAAAUUGAGUGUUUUGGUACGCGAGCAAAGUAGAGACCUGAUCGACUUCAAGAGCCAGGAGGCUGACAAAAGAUGGGAGGCGCCGCCAAAGGCCGAGGCCAGUUCUGCCAGCGCUGAGCACCAAGCAGCUGAAGAAGGUGCUGGGGAACUUUUGAAGUCCCUUUUCGAGCGGGUGGUGGCUCUGGAGCAGCGCAACCGAGAGCAGGCCAUCCAGAUUGAAAACCUACGAGACAUAGCAGGAUCGUCGUCUUUGCAGUCUGGACACUACGUGUGGCACUUGCGAGGGGUGCAAGGCCAGCUCAAGGCCAUGCAAGCGGCGCUGCCUGGCCUGAAGAUGCUCUACAGCGCACCCUUCCGCACCGCGCCCUUCGGAUACUCCUUCUGCGUGCGUCUCAACCUCAACCCUGCGGGCAGUGCCCUGAGUCUGCACGUCCACCUGGUCAGGGGUGAGCACGACGUCUCCCUUGAAUGGCCCUUCAAGGGUCGCAUCGCCCUGAUUGCAGCAAACCAGCGCCGGCCCGAGUCCCACAUCCAAGAAACCAUGUUUGCUGAGAGUCACUUGGCUGCCUUCCAGAGACCUCAGCGUGACCUCAAUCCCAGGGGCUUCGGUUUUGCCGAGUUUGUAUCUCUCCAUGACCUGCUUACUGAUGGAUUCAUCAAGGACGAUUCCAUAAUCAUCAGAGUGCACAUUGAGAGCAGUGAUUGAGUUAAAUCAAUUUGCUAAUUAUAUUUAAGAAUAAUUUAUAGAAAAGUGAUUUUGAUUUUUUGGGAGGUUUAUCAGUAUUAAAAAAUAUUAUUAAUUCACAAUCUCAAGCCCCAAAUUUGUUAUCAUGUCCUACAAUUUGUUUUUGAGAAAAAUCAUUUUGAAAUAUAUUUGAUUUUAAUUAAAAAUAUU